CCCAUGUACCAUAUGUUCUUGCUGUCAUUCAACUGUCAUUACAAUUUUCAAAAAAUCUUGCAACUUAAGUUCGUUUUCCCUCAUAAAAAUGCUCAAAUCGUACAAGUUUGUAAAGUGUUUCGUAAGGCCCAUCAAUGUUCGCUAUGCGAGCAACCUAUUUAAGGAAGGUACGGUGGAGCACUCUGUAAUCCGACAAACACUGGACCAAAAUAACAAGCUGACAACAAAUGAAUGGCAUGACCUAAGAGAAAAAGUUUUGCAGUAUGUGCCCAAACGGUCAACGAUUAACGUUGACCAAACUAUUUUAGAAAAUUGUCUUCCUAACCAGUUACACGUUGGAAAGUCAUACGUAGAUUAUUUGAAACAAUCCGGUCAGGAGCUGAAAAUGGGCACAUUGGUGAACCUUCUGAAACUCUAUUACAGAGCAAACAAACAUGGAACAGAGAUAACUGCUAAGGAUCAACAGGAGAUCAUUGACUUGUACCAAUAUUUCCUCGAAAAGUAUCAAGUUUUUGACGCUAACUUAGGUUCAGCUGUUGUUCAGGGUCUCGUGUUAACUGCCGAUUGGCGUAAAUCUCUAGAAGUUUUAGAUUCAAUUAAAAUCUAUUCAAAACCAUCAAUGAUUGCAUAUAGUGCUGUUGUUCAACGAGCCAUUCACGAGGAGGACGAACAUCUUGUGUGGAAUUUACUAAAUGUUAUGGCUACCGAAUGCACUGUUCUUGACAACGAAGUGUUCACAACCUACAUUGGCUAUUGUGAGAAGGAUGAAAGUUCAUUCACGGAAAGGAUCAACAAAUUGUUGACGUUCAUCGGAGACAAACAAAUAUUGGUUUCGACGAAAGUGGUAAAUGAGAUCCAGCGUGUCUUCCUCAGAUUUAACCAUAGCUGUCACUUUACCACUGUUAGCAAACAAGGAAAAUGUCAUGCAUGUCGCAAGCGGCUCCGUGGUGCCGAUGUAACCGACGACGAAUUCAACAGUUUAAGAAUCCACUUCCUCGACAAGGCCUUGAUUGGACACAACGUUUUUACUAAAUCAACACCACAAGAACUGGAGGCAUUCAAUGCAUUUAUCGACAGAACGAUGCCGUAUGAUUGCGUCAUUGAUGGACUGAAUACAGCGUUCUUGGCACACGCUUCCAAUCAUACGGCUCAGGCGACUAUGCUGGCCAGUGUCGUCAAACAUUUCGUGGAUCGUAAUAAGACUGUACUUGUCGUUGGCCGGAAGCAUAUGGAACGUUGGCCGAAAGCUCAAAUGAAUUACAUUCGCUCCAAUGCGAAUGUAUUUCUAACCGAAAAUUUAUCAACAGACGAUCCAUUUUUCCUAUAUUCGGCUCUGAAAAGCGGUCCCAACACAGAUUUCGUGACACGUGACCUAAUCCGAGAUCAUGCCUUCAAAAUGGAUGACAAAUUGAAAAUAGUCUUCCGGCGAUGGCAACAGCAACAUCAGUACAUGGUCAAAUUCGUCAACGAUGGUGGACGUGUUGGAUUUGAAGAUCGGAUAGAUUUCGAUAUGAAUGCACAGCAAGUGGAUGAGGGUGGCUGGCAUAUUCCGUUUGAAGACAGUUCGCAUUGUACGUUUCACCAAACUUAUUUUGAAUUGCGGAAGAACUGGUUGUGCGUGUCGACAAAUUAAAGAAAAUUGACGUUGCGCUGUUUGAAUCAAAAUGAAUUUUUAUUGGAGUUGG